AUGAGUGCCCGGGCGCCGAAGGAGCUGAGGCUGGCGCUGCCGCCGUGUCUCCUCAACCGGACUUUUGCUUCCCCCAACGCCAGCGGCAGCGGCAACGCUGGAGCGCGCGGCCCGGGCGCAGGCGGCGGCGGUGGCGGCGGCGGUGGCGGCACCUGCAUCACGCAGGUGGGACAGCAGCUCUUCCAGUCCUUCUCCUCCACGCUGGUGCUGAUUGUCCUGGUCACCCUCAUCUUCUGCCUCAUCGUGCUGUCCCUCUCCACUUUCCACAUCCACAAGCGCAGGAUGAAGAAGCGGAAGAUGCAGAGGGCUCAGGAGGAAUAUGAGCGGGAUCACUGCAGCGGUAGCCGCAGCAGCGGGGGGCUCCCCCGGGCAGGCACGCAGGCCCCAAACCACGCUAAAGAAACCCGGUUGGAGAGGCAGCCCCGGGACUCUGCCUUCUGCGCCCCCUCCAACAUCGCUUCCUCCUCCUCCUCUUCCUCCUCCUCCUCCUCCUCCUCCUCCUCCUCUUCGUCCCCUGGCCUCCCGUGCCAGGGCCCCUGUGCUCCUGAACCUCCACCACCAGCCCCCAGUCCACAAGGAGCACAGGCAGCCUCCUCCUGCUUGGACCCAACUGGCGAGGGCCUUUUGCAAACGGUGGUACUGUCCUGAUUGUCUAGCCCCUCUCCUCUCCCCCUCCUCGUUUCC